UUUGUCUCUGCUUUUCUGAAUGGUACCCACCCUGCAGUUCUGCAUUUCGCUCUACUCAGCGGCGUCGGGACCCUUCGCCGGAAUCAUGAUUCUCGCCUUCUUGUUUCCUUGGGCAAAUGCUAGGGGCACGGCUACGGCAGCCCUCGCUGUCUUCCUGGUUCAGACGUGGCAGACCACGGGCCGAUUCCUAUCUCGGAUCGAAGCGCUCAGGAUGACCUACAGCGUCGAAAGGUGCCCUUUUAACUCCACGCUUCGUGAAGAACCAUCCAGGACCUUCGAAGCAUCGGAGGCGUUCCUUCUGUAUCGGCUCUCGCCUUACUGGUGCUGCCUGCUGUCGGCGUGUUCGACCGUGCUGCUCGGAUUGGUGCUCAGUCUCUUUAUCGCUGGACCCGACGACAGCCUAAGAAAUGCCGCCAGACUCUCAACCCCUGUGAUGUUGAAAUUCUGGCAGCGGAUAGGUCUGCUUCGACAUUUACAAAAGGAGGAUGGCCACAUCACAGUCAUCGAUCCGUGCUUCAAAGUGUCAUCUUUGGAACUGCAACACUUGCAAGAAAAAGACGGAGACCUUUGCCCUCCUGUUGAUUCGAUGAAAGAAGCCGGCGUGAUUUACAAGUUCACUCCUCUCACAACGUGAUACGCUAGCCUCUAAAGAAAGGCAGAUAAAGUGAUAUUGUCAGUGGUCUAAUGGGCACAGGUGUUUGAGAAGGACCCGCGACGUUCACUGUUGGCACCUUCAGUUUCACGUGACGUCGCAAUUGUGAAAACGAAACCGGAAAUGUCUGACCGUUCUCUCAGCGCCAUCAUGUACGUUCAACAUAUGAAUCUUAUAUUGACGGAUAAUGACGACAUCUUACCAC